AUGGAAACCCUGGACAACAUCCUCGACAACGCUACAGACCCCACGACAGGAAUCCUCCACGGUGCGGUUUUCAUCGCCGUCGACAGAUCAGGAAAGACAAUCUACAGCCGCGCCUCCGGGCAAGACCGGCUCGACAUUGCUAGUGCAAAGCUCCUCCAGCUCGACUCGCUAUACUGGAUUGCGUCGAUGACGAAACUCGUCACGGCUAUUGCGGCUAUGCAGUUAGUUGAAAAGGGUGUUUUGGAUUUGGAUGAUGAUGUGAAGGAGAAGGUCGAGGAGUUGAGGAGUGUCAAGGUUUUGAGAGCAAUGAAGACUGAUUCCUCUUCGGGAAAAGAUCACCCAGUGCUUGACCCUGUUGAAGGGAAGAUUACACUGCGACAACUCCUAUGCCACACCUCAGGCUUCGUCUACGACUCCUCAUCACCUCUACUCCAGAAAUGGUCCAAGUCCCAGGGAAGAUCAGCGUAUACAUUCAGCGGAAGCAUGGAUGGCUAUACCCACCCAUUACUCUUCCAACCCGGCACCUCAUGGGGGUAUGGAGCCGGGCUUGACUGGGCUGGCCAAUUGAUCGAACGCGUAACAGGCUCGCCGCUCUCAAAAUACAUGCAAGAAAACAUCUUCUCCAAACUCGCUACCUCCUCAACAACAUUCCAUCAUCCUUCCGAUAACCGGGUUGCAACUCCUACUAAUAGUACCCAGCCUCCUCUCCUCGAAAUGGCCUAUCGAGCUCCCGCCUCAAAUACAAACAAGAGCACAACCACAACACCUGAACCACCCCUAACCCCAGCCCCCAUAAUCCUGCAGUACCCACUCAAACAGGAUCUCGGCGGCAUCGGUCUCUUCAGCACACCCGCCGACUUCACAUCCCUCCUCUCUUCCCUCCUCCGCGGCGGGGACUCCCUAUUCCGUCAGGGCAAGGAAAGCGUAAACCUCCUCUUCGCCCCGCAGUUAGGUCCGCAGUCCGAGUCCGCACAGGCACUCCCCAAAGGUUUGGGGCGGCAGAUGAGGCGGAUUUUGGGGGCAUCGUCUACUGAUACAGGUACUGUGGAUCACGCUCUAGCCGGUACGGUGACGACGAGGGACAUACCCGGCCGAAGAAGGGCAGGGAGUGUGAGUUGGAGUGGGUUGCCAAAUUUGCAUUGGUGGAUCGAUCGUGAUACGGGCAUUGCGGGUGCGCUGUUUACGCAGCUUAUGCCUCCUGCAGAUGCACGGGUUACAGAGCUUUUGAUUGAGCUUGAGAGGGCACUUUAUGGGGUGUUGGAUGGGGGGAUGAGAGGGGGUGUAAGGUUGUAG